UUUCGGUAGUCCUUUCUGGCUGACUUGCUCCUCUGGCAACUGCUAAUCUGUCACCACUAAAUACAAUUGGCAGGCGGCUACCACACCUGCACUGACGCACGCGACACCCAGCGGUCACUACAGCGCUGCUGCCGUCUGUGAGCCCGCAAUUAUCGACUGCGCCCAUCUUUUCCCCAGACUACAUACGCCCGUCCGAAGCCUGAGGCACGACACGGCACCUUGGCGCUCAACUUCCCAAUCCACCAACCCCUGGACCUACGGCGCAGCUUCCACUCCUCAAACCCUCUCACGACGCUCUCUAGACUCUCCAUUGGACUCGGGCCGCCUUCCAGUCCAACCGCCAUUCUCUUACCGUCAUCUCGCUGCCCCAAAUGCAUCGCGCAGCAGUAAGGGCUUUGCGGACAACCUACCGAUGUACGGCUCGUAGCUUCGCACGCAACACCCGACGGGGCCUCUUCGAACAUAACCUCUCCACCACCCCCUCGUCCUUCGCGACCCGCCACGGCCUGCGAUACUCAUCUUCCUCCUCUUCCUCCUCCUCCUCUACGAACCAGCCUCACCACAAACCCGAGCAUGCUGUCCAGCCGCUAAAGUCCUCCAUGUACAUCCGCCGCUUCUCCGUCGCCCUUGUGUCCACACUCGUCGGCUACGGCGCCUGGUACUCGUAUAACGGCCCCAGUAUCGACAAGUCCCAGAGCUUGACGAGGACCUUCACCACUGGCGCAACCGCCGGCGGCGAUGCUGCCCCGACCCGCGCUGUUCUCGUUGUAGGCGCUGAUCAGCUGCACACUGGAACCUUUGUCGGAGAGGGUCCCAUCUCCAAAACCACCAGCGACGACGGCCGCAAGGUCAUAGAGAUGUUGACCCCCGAGCAGGCUACUCAGAAGCUGCGCAAGACGGAGCAGUCCUUCCUCGUCAACAGAGGCCAGGGUGUUCUGCGCUACGAUCUUGUCCAGCUUCCUAGCAACGACCCUAUCGAGGAUGACCAUGCCGAGAAAAUUGUCGAGGUGCCUAACAAGGCCGCCGGCGUUACGGGCAACAGCAGCGACUGGAUGUUCUGGGGUGUAUUUGACGGCCAUGCUGGCUGGACCACCUCGGCGAAGCUGCGCCAGACUCUGAUCGCCUCUGUUGCCAAGGAGCUCAACAACACCUACCAAUCUUCCGCUGACCUGUCGCCGGCAGCUGAUGCCAUUGAUGCUGCCAUCAAGUCCGGCUUCACUCGUCUCGACGAUGAGAUUGUCAAUCAGAGCGUCGAGAGGGUCCUCAAGGCCGGCUCCAAGACCAUGGCCGCGGAGCUUCUUGCCCCUGCUCUGUCCGGCUCCUGCGCCCUCCUGUCCUUCUACGACAGCAGAUCGAAGCUUCUGCGGGUUGCUUGCACUGGCGACUCGCGCGCUGUCCUCGGUCGUCGAUCCGCGUCGGGCAAAUGGACCGCUACCGCUCUGUCGGUAGACCAGACGGGCGGUAACCCAGACGAGGCCGCCCGCUUGCGCAAGCUCCACCCUGGUGAGGACCGAGUCGUGCACAACGGCCGAGUCCUUGGCGGUUUGGAACCAACCCGCGCCUUCGGCGACGCGAGCUACAAGUGGAGCCGUGAGAUCACCAACAGACUCCGGGAAUCCUUCUUUGCCCGCUCCGCCUCUCCCCUUCUCAAGACGCCCCCGUACGUCACGGCCGAGCCCGUCGUUACGACGACCAAGAUCGAGCCCGAGAACGGAGACUUUGUGGUCAUGGCCACCGAUGGCUUAUGGGAGAUGUUGACCAACGAGGAGGUCGUUGGUCUUGUCGGCAAGUGGAUCGAGAGCCAGGCCAGCGGCUCCUCGCAGUUCGACUCGACCUGGUCUAAGCUCUUCGGAUCUAAGCAGUCCACCUUACCCGUCGAGCAGGCGAGCGACAAGAGCAUCGACGGCCAAAAGACGCCCAUUCGUCUGCAGCAGUGGGGCAUCUCACCCGACGCUCCGGAGCGGUUCGUCGUCAAGGACAAGAAUGUGGCUACGCAUCUAGUCCGCAACGCCCUCGGUGGCAAGAACGAGGAGCAAGUCUCCGCUCUGCUGACUCUGCCGUCCCCAUUCUCCAGACGCUACAGGGAUGACUUGACCGUGCAGGUCAUCUUUUUUGGGAAUGGCGAAAAGACGGGCGAGGUUAACCUCAACGAGGAGGCAACGGCCGCGUCGAAGCAACAGCCCGCCAAGGCGAAGCUGUAGAAAACGUUGCUGUAUUUUGUUUCGACGGGAUUACCGCCGACCAGUGGCUCUCUUGGGCGAAAGCGUCAGCCCACGUGUGUUUUAUUUUUGUAUCAAACUGGUGACCGCGACAGGGCGGUAAGGGAGGGGUAUGAAAAGUGACCCCUACUUGCGCAAGCCGAAAGAAAGAAAGAAGGAAAGAAGGGCGUUCUUUGUUCU